UCAUUACAAACGACGACCACACCUUUCUCUCGCGACCCGCCCUCAGUUUCUCUUCAUCUCUUACAAGCACUGCUAGUCGGCAUUACGCUCGUUGGGUAUACCCUUACUACGCUCGCGAAUCUCUCGUCUCAUCAUCCCCGGACGCCUGUCGGUCGCAGACCCGCCGCGCCAAGAUCCACCGCCGUCUUCUCGCUGCAUUUGAGACCCGUGCGCGAACGGCGAUUUUUGCACGAGCAUGUCUUCCCUUGAGGCUUCCCAGGCUGCUGUCGCCGACUCCAUCGCGGAGAACAAGCCGAAUGGAACGAACGGAGAGAUCGAGCCGGGCGAGAUCCAGGAGGUGGAGGUGGACAUGCAGGCCCAUGCGGAGAGCAUCCGCACCGUGUUCAACGACCCAACCAACUUCAAUGUGAAGCACCCUCUGUACGCCCCAUGGGCCCUGUGGUUUGACUCGCCGGCGACGAAGGGCCGCAACCUGCCCCAGACACCGAUGUCGUCAUUCCCGCAGACUCCAAUGCCGGGAACUCCAAGUGUUGCAGCAGCGGGAUGGAUGGAAGAUAUCAAGCGGGUGAUUGGCUUUGAGAGUGUGGAGGAGUUCUGGGGCCUGUAUAACAACAUCAUUAAGCCGUCCGAGCUGCCGCCGAAGGCAAACUACUAUCUCUUCAAGGACGGCAUCAUCCCUGCAUGGGAGGACGAUGCCAACAAAAACGGAGGCAAGUGGAGCAUCCAGCUCCCCAAGGACAAGAACAGGCAUAAGAUCGACGAUAUGUGGCUCAACACCAUGUUGGCUGCUAUUGGAGAGACUUUUGACCCUGCUCUGACUGAGGCCGAGUCCGAGGAGUCGGUGCCGCAGUCCCUGAUUACGGGCGUGAUCGUGUCCACUCGUCCCCAGUUCUACCGAAUAUCCAUUUGGACGCGAAGUGCACCUGGGCCGGACGACGAUGAGUUGCGGAAGCGGGUCGAGGCGAUUGGAAAGCACUUCAAGAUCGCCGUGCUGGGAUUCCCAGAGUCGCAGAAGCUGUCUGGUCCACUCGCGACAGAGGUAGAGUUUCUGUCGCACAAGGAUUCGGAGAAGAAGGGGAAGCAGUCGAAGAAGCCUAUUGUUGUGUAGUAUCUUGUGCGGACCAUGUGUUGUGGGCGUGCUGUGUCUGCGCCGUGAUCAUAUAUGACACUCUAUUUACCUGGUGCGGCUCCAUUAGUUUCGCAAUAAUACUGCGGUCUACAAAA